AUGGCGACUCCAUCAGCUUCCGCUUCACCAGAAGAGUCGAGUUACACCACCAUGGACGAGAAAGACCCAACAUUAAUCGGCACCCACUGCCAAUACACAUACUGCAACCAACUCGACUUCCUGCCCUUCCGAUGCGAAUCAUGUCGAGGAACAUUCUGCCUCGACCACCGAUCCGAAUCCGGCCACAAAUGUCCCAAAGCUGGAGAAUGGGCUGCAAGGAGACGGCGAGCGAAUCUGUCAACACCUUCUCUCGGCGCAGGCAAAUAUAUGGGCGAAGUUGAAAAGCCCUGCGCGGAUCCUAAAUGCAAGACCACUAUCGGCACAAGUCUUUCUACCUCGGUACACUGUUCAACGUGCAACAGAGACUACUGCUUGAAACAUCGCCUGAAAGAAGAUCAUGACUGCAAGAACCUCAUCCCUAUUGGAGCUCGUGUCGGCAGAUUCUCAACACAGCCGGAUAAAGCGUUAGCAGCGUUUGGAAAGCUGAAGGCAUGGGGGGCUUCUCAAAAGGCCAGCAUGUCAGAACGAGUGCUGCCGAAGCCCAAGCCAACAUCUGCUGCGGCAAGGAUGGUGGCUGUCAACAAUUUAAAGAAGUCAGCGAAAGGCGAUGCCAAACUUGCCCCUGAGAAACGAGUCUAUAUAUUCGUGGACGCGGAGGCAGCCACAACUACUUCGAAGUUCCCUAGUGGCGAGUUUUACUAUUCGAAAGAUUGGGUUAUUGGACGGAUUUUGGAUGCCGCUGCGAAAGCACUACAAGUGGAGAAUAUCAACAAUCAAGGAUUGGAUGAGAAGUCGAAGCUAAGGGUCUUUCAUGUUGAGGGCGGGAGGCUUCUAGAGUUCAACGAAAAGGCUGGGGAUUCUCUUGUCAGUGGCAAUAGGAUAGUGCUGCUCAGAGGAGUCGGUCCAGCAAUUCCUAAUCUCAUUGAGGCAUAA